AUGUCCGUUGAAGAGACCAAGCCUGUUGAAGCUAGCACUGUGACUGUUGUAGAUCCAGAGACGACGAUCUUUGUUGGUAACGUCGCUAGAGACUGCAGUGAAGAAGAUCUGAAGAAGGUGUUUGAGGGCGAGUUUGGUUCAGUUGAAGUGGAGAUCCCGUCAAAGACCAAGGACGGUCGUACGUUCUACAAUCGUUAUGCGUUUGUGAAGUUUCCUCAGAAGAUCGAUGUCGAAGCUAUUAAACAGAAGUACGACAAGCAGGUGGUGAAAGACAAGGGCAUUUACAUCAGAAAGGCGUUGACCCAGGAGGAGAGAGACGCCGAGAGACAGGAGAGGAUGAGAAAUAGACGGGGGAAUGGUCGUGGAGGCCGUGCUGGGGCCAAGUUCACUAACAACCGCGGCGCUGCGGUGCCAGCGCCCCCUAGAAAGGACAAGACGCCCUUGGAGGAGAUGGAAAGAUCCAACGACACACUGUACGUGAAUAACAUCCCGUAUUCUGCUACCAAGGAGGAGCUAGCAGAGUUCUUCGGCACCAAACCGGAACUUGUCGUGCUGCCAAUGAGAAGAAUGAAGGAUACCAAGACCCAACGCGUGUUUUUCAGCAAAAAGAUGAACCGUGGUAUCGCUUUCAUCACCUUUGAGAAUCUGACCGGUACGCAAGACAUCAACAAGAUGGUAGAAGAAUUCCAGGGCAAGACUCUGCAGGAAAGACCGAUUGUGGUCGACGUGGCUGCGCUAAGGGCUCCUCGCGAAGAGCCCGGUGAAGCGGCCCCUACAGAGGAGGCUGCGCAGACCCCAACGCAGGACUGA